AUGUGCUGGAUCGUGAGUACGACGGGACGGGAAGUCUUUUGGCUAUACUAUGGCUUCCGACAGGAGAAAUCUUUGCAAUGGAAGAGGACACAAGCCAUAUUGAAAGAGCAGUCCGUAGAAAUGGGAGAGCAAUACGAUGCUCCGGAAAGUGUGGACCUCAUCCUGCCGUUCAUCGAAAGCUUUCAUCUGCAGGAUAGAUACGCUUGCUCAGCUCAAGGAGCCAGAUCCGAAGAAGUAUUCCAAGCUUCAACGAAUUCUUUGCUUACCGUAUUCCCCACGAUCGACUUGGCACAGAAGUUUUGGAUCAAAGGGUUUGGCUUUUCUCUGGAGGGGCUGCUUGGGUCAAAAGAGCUGGCGCAGGACUUUGAUGGCGGCUCCAUCAACAUUGCACGUCUCGCGACUCAAGAUUAUCAUCGAUGGCAUGCACCGACGUCGGGAACGGUGGACAGCAUUACAGACAUACCUGGAACGUAUUACACUGUUAAUCCACAGGCUAUCAACGAGCCAGGUACACUCGAUGUCUUCUGCGAGAAUAAGCGAUCUGUGAUGAUGCUCAAACGCGCCGCCACAGGCUCACGGGUCGCGCUUAUUGCCGUCGGCGCUAUGCUGGUGGGUAGCAUAAGAUACAAUCCUGGUAUUCAGCAAGGCGCGGAGGUGACGGGAGGUCAGUGUCUUGGCGCAUUUCUCUACGGUGGUAGCACCGUCAUUGUGCUGUAUCCGGAGAACGAGGUUGAAUUGGACCAGGACCUCGUCAAAAACUCGACCGAGAGUGUAUGUGAGACUCUGGUCAGAGUCGGAGAGCGGGUGGAAGCGGAGUAUGGAUGUGGAAGUGGGAGCGGGGGUUGGUGA